AUGACAAAAUCUGGGUCCAAGUCUCUAUCCGCAGCAGCCAACCUUGCCAACCUUUUGCCCACAGGCACAGUCCUUGCAUUCCAAGCUCUUGCACCUUCAUUUUCCAACGGUGGCUCCUGCCUGCCGGCGAACAAGUACCUCACCUUAAGUAUCAUUGUAUUUUGUUCAGUUGUUUGCUUCUUCUCCUCCUUCACUGACAGCUUCAUCGACGAAAAUGGGAAGCUCUUUUACGGCAUUGCUACAUUCAAAGGCCUCUACAUCUUCAACAAAGAAGACCAGGAAGACAAAGAAACCGACAUCGAAAAGGUAAAUGCUGCUGGCAAAAAAUGCAACAAAAAUGAGGAGUUUCGUAAGUUGCAGAAGUAUAGAAUCCAUUCAAAAGACUUUUUGCAUGCGCUUUUAUCACUGCUGGUGUUCCUGGUAUUUGCAACUAGUAGCACUGAUGUGCAAAGGUGUUUAUUUCCUCAUGCUGGGGCUAAUGAAAACACAUUGAUGAUUAAUCUGCCUAUAGCAGUUGGGGCUUUUGCAAGCUUUCUGUUCAUGAUUUUUCCCACAAAACGUAAAGGGAUUGGUUAUGCGCCGGCCAAGAAAUGCCCAAAUUGCAAAGGAAAACCACAAACUUGA